UUCGAUUUUUUAAAAAUGGAAUUUGUCAACCGUAAAGUCAAAUCGGUCGCCAAAAUUGACGUGUGUCAAAUGAAUGGCGCGGACCGUUCUUACAAAAUUAAGAGGAGCGAGACCGCGAUGAGUCCAGCGCCCCCCUCGCUGCAAAACAAAAGCAGCACGCUGCAAGCCGACGGCAGGCAGUCGACCGCGACUAUUGGAAGCAAGUGUACGCAUAGCGAAAUGGAGCGCGAUCGUAUCGGAGUAUGGGGCUGCGGAGACGGCCAGUCCGCCGGCAAAGUCUCCGGUCUAGACCGGCUCAAACAUCCCGGUCUGAACAAGGGCUUGGCAUUCACUAUUGAGGAGCGUCAGGCGCUGGGCAUCCACGGGUUGCUGCCAGCCAGGGUCAAGAGCCAGGAGGAGCAGGUGCAGUUGUGCAAGCUCUCCAUCGAGCGAUAUGAGGACCCUCUCAACAAAUACAUCUAUCUUAUGGGCUUACUUGACCGCAAUGAGCACUUAUUCUACCGCUUCGUUGGCGAGAAUGUGGCGGACUUGAUGCCCAUAGUGUACACGCCGACUGUGGGCCUGGCCUGCCAGAAGUACGGUCUGGUGUACCGCCGGCCGCGCGGUCUCUUCAUCACCAUACACGACAAGGGACACGUCUACGAUAUAUUGAAGAACUGGCCGGAGACGGACGUACGCGCUAUCGUGGUGACGGACGGGGAGCGUAUCCUGGGUCUGGGCGACCUGGGCGCGUGCGGGAUGGGCAUCCCCGUGGGCAAGCUGGCGCUCUACACCGCGCUCGCCGGCAUCAAGCCCCACCAGUGUCUGCCCAUCACUAUUGAUGUGGGCACGAACAAUGAGACGAUGUUAAAAGACCCGCUGUACAUCGGUCUGCGACAACGUCGUGUGCGCGGCGCCGCCUACGACGAGCUGAUCGAGGAGUUCAUGCAGGCGGUGGUGCGCCGCUUUGGACAGAACUGUCUCGUGCAGUUCGAGGACUUCGGCAACGCUAACGCCUUCAGGCUGCUCGAGAAGUACCGCGGCAGGUACUGCACAUUCAACGACGACAUCCAGGGCACGGCGGCGGUGGCUGUGGCGGGUCUUCUCGCCAGUCUGCGUCUCACAGGCAACAAGCUCGCAGACAAUACAUUCGUAUUCCAGGGAGCUGGAGAGGCGUCGCUGGGUAUCGCGGAGUUGUGUGUGAUGGCCAUGAAGGCUGAGGGUGUCUCCGAAGAGGAGGCGAGGUCUCGCAUCUGGAUGGUCGACUCUAAGGGUCUGAUAGUGCGCAACCGGCCCGAGGGCGGCCUCAACGAGCACAAGGAGAAGUUUGCGAAGGAUUGCCCUCCCAUCCGCACGCUGGAGGAGGUCGUCAACACUGCCAAGCCCUCCGUACUCAUCGGCGCAGCUGCAAUCCGCGGCGCGUUCACUCCGGCGAUACUGCGCGCGAUGGCGGACAACAACCCGCGCCCCGUCGUGUUCGCUCUCUCCAACCCCACCAGCAAGGCCGAGUGUACCGCCGAGGAGGCCUACGCCAACACUGAUGAGCGCGCGAUCUUCGCAUCAGGUUCGCCAUUCCCCGAUUACCGUACAAAGGACGGGCGCGUGUUGAGGCCGGGUCAGGGCAACAACUCCUACAUCUUCCCCGGUCUCGCACUCGGCAUACUGUGCGCGGGACUCGUUGAUGUCUCUGAGGACUUCAUGCUGCUCGCCGCUGAGGCGCUGGCUGAGAUCGUAUCAGAAGAUGAUCUGGAGCACGGCAGUCUGUAUCCUCCGCUCAAGGACAUACAGAACUGCUCCGUCAAGAUCGCCAAAAAGAUUGUAGACCACGCGUAUGAAACUGGCAAGGCGCAAGUUCAGCCGCAGCCAUUGAACACGGAGGAGUUCAUCCGCGCGCAAAUGUACUGCUCCAAGUACGAGCCCGCGCUCCCGCCGCGAUACGUCUGGCCCAGCGACACCGCGCCCCGCGUCGACCUCGUCUAGUGCCUCACACCGCGCCUCACACGUCUCACACCGCGCCUCACACGUCUCACA